AUGGCAAAGCUGUUCGACUCUGACCGGGGCUCUGAAAGUGGUGGUAGUGAUUCUGAUGAUAGMGAUGAUGGUGAUAGAUUAACUAAGUCAUCAGGCCGCAGCCAUUUAUUAUCUGUUGAAGAUGAAUUCCUUCUUGUUAUAAUGAAACUAAUGCUGGGUUUAACAAACUUGGACUUAGCAAUAAGAUUUAACAUCUCUGAUGCUACAGUAUCCAAUAUUUUGAUAACAUGGUUCAAUUUCCUUUAUGUAAGGCUAGGUAAUCUGAAGAUAUGGCCUCACAGGAAUGUCAUUAUGCAAGAAAUGCCCAAAGCAUUCGAGGACGARUACCCAAAUAACAUUAUUAUUAUCAUAGACUGUACAGAGUUAAAGAUUCAGUGUCCAAUUUCUCUUCUGGUACAAUCACAAAGUUAUUCAAACUAUAAAUCAACAAACACUCUUAAAUCUCUAGUUGGGGUUGACUCCAAAGGAGGAUUCAUGUUUGCCUCACAGCUUUAUACAGGAUCAAUUUCAGAUAAACAGAUAGUGAAAAGGAGUGAAUUCUUGGAUGUGCUCUCUAGAAAAGUUAAUGUGGAGGAAAUGGAGCAGCAUGAUAGCAUUAUGGCUGACAAAGGGUUUGAUAUUGGAGGUGAUCUCAAAAAAAUUGGGCUUGAUCUUAAUAUUCCUCMUUUWCUAAGAGAAAAACCCCAGUUUAAUGAGUAA